AUGAAGCGGGCUAAAUUAGAAACAGAAACAGUCGAGCACUGCGCUCGCACAGAAACUAAAGACCAUGAAGUCACCAAAGGUGGAGCGCCGCUCAUGCGGUCCAAAGUCGACGAUCUUAGUAUCUGGCAGAGUGUGCGCCAAUACAAGCUACUGGGGGCUGUAGCUAUGGCGGCCGCAUUCAGUGCAUCGCUCGACGGUUAUCAAAUUAAUCUUAACGGUGGGGUUGUUUCGAAUAAAGGGUUUAUCCGGCAAAUGGCUGCCCCCGGGACUAAGAUUAUUCAAGGGACAUACGUCUCUGCGUGGGGUGGAAUCCAAUCUGCUGGUCAAACAGUCGGCCAAAUCCUGCUUCAAUAUGCAACCGAAGCUUUCGGUCGUAAAAUCGCGCUAUACAUUAUCUGGUUAACGCUUGUAGUGAGCGUCUUUAUCGAAUCAUUUGCAACCCGUUGGGAUCACUGGCUAGUCGCAAAGCUUUUCUCUGGUAUGGGCGUCGGCAUGCUUCAGUCUACUAUGCCUCUUUAUCUUUCUGAAAUCGCUCCAACGCAAUUACGUGGUUUCUUCAUCAAUGCAUAUAGUCUAUGGUUUGUAGUAGGACAGCUUUUCGCUUCCGUAGCGCUUAAUAGGCUCAAUGCCAGUAGCCCCUACGACUUUCGGACUCCUAUUUAUACCCAGUGGGCAAUGAUAGGUGUUAUUAUCAUCAUCUUUGUUUUCAUCCCCGAAACACCGUGGUGGCUCGUUAGCAAAGGGAAGAUGGAGAGUGCGAGAAAGGUUUUACAAAAAUACAAUGGCAAUGUCCAGGGAUAUGAUGUCCAGGAACAAAUUAGUAUCAUGAGUAAUACGAUCGAAGAAGAGCGUUAUAUUGCUAGUCUAAAUUCCGAGGAAGGGACAUGGUCCGUUUUCCGUGGCCGAAACCUGAUCCGAUUCAUCAUCGCAGGAUGGCCGAAAAUAACCCAACAAUUUGUCGGUUUAUCGGUAUUUAAUACAUAUGCUACAUAUUUCUUUCAAUAUGCCGGCAGCAAUAAUCCAUUCCUGGUUACUCUCAUUCUCUCCUGUGUUCAGCUUCUUUCCAUGUUCUUCACUGUCACUCUCACCGAUCGAUUCGGUCGCCGACCAUUGACAGUCUAUCCUUAUGGAGUCACUGUCUUGUCCGUUCUGUGUCUGGGAAUAAUUGGUUGCUUUGACUACACUAAGCCGUCCACGAGUUCACUCCUGAUAUUUUUCGCCUGUCUUGCUACAUUCUCAACUACAGGCGCUUCGGCUAUCGGCUAUGCAUACGCAGCUGAAAUUCCUCAGCAACGACUGCGUGCGAAGACCGCGGCGUGGUCCCUCGCCUGUUCCAAUAUGAUUGCCAUCAUGUUCAGCUUCUGCACGCCGAUAAUGAUAAAUGGACCGCUCACUAAAUGGGGUGUCAAAACGGGAUUUUUCUUUGCUGCUACUGGUUCUAUUUCAGUACUUAUAGCCUGGUUUAUUCUUCCGGAAGUGACGCGUCGGACGCCGGCAGAGAUUGACGAGCUCUUCGAGAAAAAGGUUAAUCUUCGUAAAUUCAAGAAUCAUGUCACAGAUGUUCAGAUACGCGCAAGUGAAGAGCACAUUGAAAUGGCUCCCUCAAACACUGCAUAA